UUUCUUUCUUGUUGUUAUUUUUUUUAUAAAGAAGAAGCAGAGGAAGCAGAAAAUUCCUUUAUUUAUAUAAUAAAAUAAAAUAAAAUAAAGUAAAGUAAAAACAAGAAUAGUGCCUGCAAUGAUUUCCAAGAAUGAAAAUGACACUCAGCAGCCUCGCCGUGGGCCAGGAAGACCACGAAAGAUUCCCAGGGAAGGAGACGUGAUUGGAGUUAGUGGAAAGACUAUCGCCUCACCUGCAAAGAUACCCCGACCUACUUCCUCUACAGAUGGUCCCAGAAAGCGUGGAAGACCCCCAAAGAAAGCCACACCUCCUCAGCCUGCCUUCUUAUUGUCCUCAACCACCUCAACCUCAACAAGUCACCACAGUCAUAGUCUCCACCACCAUCCUGCAUCUAUUCUUGCCUCAAAGAAUGAUAUCCUGGACAAUCUGGACGAUGACGUGUCAGACUCUGGUCUGCACAGAAGAGGCAGGUCAUUCAAAAAGGAAACAGACACACUUGAUGAGUUUGAGAUUGAGGCACUGAGUCUUUCAUUAGUGGCCAAGGAAGUCGCACCCAUAAUCAAGAAGAGAGGCAGACCGCGUAAGCUGGACGGCAUUUCAAAGAAGCCAAAGAUCCAAACAUCCAGCGAUCAGUCCGGCACAAAAAGGGGUCCUGGAAGACCAAAGAAGAUCCAGGUUUAAACAAACAAACAAACAAACAAACAGGCAAACAGGCAACCACUACCCACCAUCACCAGCACUAGUACCAGUACCAACACUAUCACCAAGACCAAGACCAAGACCAAGACCAAGACCAAGAGCAACAUCAAUGACCAAUAGGCAGUACAAAUAACAAGAAAGAUAAAGGAUAUAAUAUCAUAUAUAUAUAUAUAAAAAUAUAUAUAAUAAAGAGAAGGAGAAGGAAAAGAAUGAAAGGGAGGGAGGGGGAGGAUUGGAUUUGAUUUGAUUUGAUUUGAUUACCCUUUUUUUUCAUUUAUUAUUUCUAUCAUUACCUUUACCUUUACCUUUACCUUUAUCAUUAACCAUUAACUUUUUCUACUUUCUAUACUUCUUCUACUUCUUCUACUUCUUCUACUUCUUCUACUUCUUCUACUUCAAUUACAUCUCCUUAUGUCUUUAUUUUAUUUUAUUCUAUCUUAUUUUUCAAGAACAAAAAACCAAAAAAAAAAAAGGAAACUCAUCUUUACACACGCACACAAGCACAAUACACAAAUACACAAAUACACAAAUAUAUAUAUAUAUAU